AUGGCUUCUUCUGUUUCUCCAUCUCCUUCUUUACGAGCUCUCCAUGUACUUGACGGAGAGCUCCCAAGUGGCUCAAAGUCUCCUCGUUCGAGCAAGCGGCAGCUUCGCCUACAUAAUUCCAACACGUCAAUGCCUCAGAGCUUCACCAUCACUCCCGCCUCCGCUCGCAGCGUCUCAUCCUCUGCUCCAAGUCCAUACAUGAGUUCUUUGCAAUCUUCUCCUGACAUCUUGGACGGUCAGGAUUACUCAUCUCUUUUCCAGUCCCCCGCUCCGUUGGCUCUGCCCGAGUCAGCCAUAGGAAACGAUUAUGCAGUCAAGCAUACGGCAUUGAAGGAUGCGCCUGUGCCGAGUAAGCCUCCAGGAUUGAUGCGGAAGCUGUCUCACAGUGCUCGCACCGGAGUGCAGUCUACCGGACAGAAACUACGACGGAAAGCCUCUUCCUCUGCUCAUGACAAAAGAGACCAGAGCACCGGACCUAUCACCAGACGCCGUAGUGAUAGUAAGACAAGCAUGUCAAAUGGUGCUAGCACGGUGGAUUUGACUUCCCCUGAGUUCGACGAAACAAGAUCUUUAGAUGCUCAAGGAAUCUGCGGGGUCAGCGACACUGCCAGCUACACCAGUGAGCCAGUGACACCUGCCUCCUUCAACCCAGAAGGCGCUGCUCCGACGCUACCAAGUCAGUUAAUCCGGGGUUGCGAAUUGACCAAGGUCACGAAGAAUAGACGGAAGAAGCUCACCUUCUACCUCACUGAUGACGGCGCCAGGGUUUUCUGGAGUCCCUCCAAAGCUUCAAAACAGUUCUACGUGGAUGACAUUCGCGAUAUCAGAUUUGGCGACGAUACCCGACAUUAUCGCGAAGAACUAAAUGCUCUACCCAACGAAAGCGAACGUUGGUUCACCAUCCUCUAUGCCGAUCAAUCUCGUUCUAAACAGGAGAAGACCAUGCACUUAAUUGCUGAGCACAAAGAAGAUGUCACGUUGUGGAUUGACACCCUCGAGGCUCUGUCGAAACAUCGCAUUGACCUGAUGACCGGCUUGAUCGGAUCCUCAGAACGUGAGCACGUAGUUCGUGCGCAUUGGGAGCGUGAAACAGCUCGGCGAUCUAUGGGGAAUCUUCCUAAAGUUGAUGAAGAUAGCCUUGAUUUCCAAGCCAUUGAAAGCCUAUCGCGUAGCUUGCACAUCCAUUGCUCGAAAGCCAUGUUACACAAGCAAUUCGGACUUGCAGACUCGCGACAGUGUGGAAGGCUCAAUUACAGUGAAUUCAAAGACUUUGUUCGAAGACUGAAGCAGCGAGAUGACAUGAAAUCGAUAUAUUCUGCGCUUACAGAGGAUAGCGGAUCUGUCCUGACCAAAGAUCAGUUUCUAUCGUUCUUACAGAACGUCCAGGGCAUCGACACAAGCACCGAUCCUGCUAAAUGGACUUCCGAGUUCAAUCACUGGGUUCGCACCACAAACUCUAAACAAUGCAACCAUUCUGCUCAAUCAAGCCCCGGCCUCGACAUCAUGACUUUCGAGGCCUUCUCUUCUUUUAUGGUUUCUCCUGCUUGCGAUAUUUACACUGGUCAGAAACCGGAAGUCCGUUUCGAUCGACCACUCAACGAGUAUUUCAUCUCGAGCUCACAUAAUACCUACCUCCGCGGUCGCCAGUUCGCCGGCGAGUCAAGUACAGAAGCAUACAUAUCUGCACUCCGUCGCGGCUGCCGCUGUGUCGAAAUAGAUUGCUGGAAUGGUUCAGAGGGCAAGCCAAUCGUUACCCACGGCCAUACAGGCACGUCACAUGUCUUGUUUUCAGAUUGUAUCAGCGUUAUAUCUCGCUACGCUUUUGACGUCUCGCCCUAUCCACUCAUCCUCUCGCUCGAGGUCCAUUGCGAUGCUGAACAACAAGGGAGGAUGGUGCACAUCAUGAAGGACGGAUUUGGCGAAAGGCUGGUUCUCGAACCGAUCCACGAGUCCUUAAGACAACUGCCUACACCCGAGGAGUUGAAGUAUCGAAUCUUGGUGAAGGUCAAGUCUUCGGUGCCUGCAAGCGACACUACAUUGCCUCUCGACAAAUCCGAGGUCGGACGGCAACGGAGUACCAGCUCCCCAUACUCGAUACCAAGUCCACUGAACGACUCACCGUCAAUCUUAAGUCUACCGUCCUUGGCUACAGCCCCAUCAACGAGCCCACCAAGCAAUCAGUCUGGUCCUCUUUGGAGUCCAGGUCAAAGAUCAAUGACUGCUACGAGUGCAAGCAGUGCUGGAGAAGACAGUGAUAGUGCACGAGGCCGCUCAAACCGAAGCAGCAAAAGAAAGGGUAAAAAGGCGACCAGCAAAAUCACAAAGGCACUUGCAAACCUAGGCGUGUAUCUCCAAGGCUACAAGUAUCGCAGUCUCAUUGGCCCGGAGUGCGGCGAAUACAAUCACAUCUUCUCCUUGGAUGAGACAAAGGCGGGGCGGUUAUGCAGAGACGCUCUUUCCAAGGCACAAUUUGAAGACCACAACAUGCGUCACAUGUUUAGAGUCUAUCCCAAAGGCAUGCGACUGGACUCUUCGAAUUUUGAUCCCAACACCUUUUGGAGACGUGGCGUGCAGAUGGUGGCACUCAAUUGGCAGACUUAUGAUCCGUGUAUGCAAAUGAAUCAGGCGAUGUUUGCUGCCGGUGAUGAUCGCUAUGGCUAUGUCCUCAAACCAGAGUAUCUUCGACCAUCUGGCCCGGACAGCUCGACCACUGGUGAUCUGAUGACCCGGCACAGGCUGCCCAAGCAUCUGGUCAAAUUUUCUGUCGACAUGAUCUCAGCUCAACAGCUACCACGUCUUCGGGCGAUGGCCUCCGAGAACAGCAUCAAUCCCUUCGUUGAGAUCCAGAUGUUUAUUGCCGAGGAUAAGGCUCGAGGGAUUGCUACUGGCAGUGGUGGCACCGACUCUUCGUCUCGAAACGGCUACUCAGGGAUUGGCUUGCCUUAUGGGCGUAGGACCAAGGUGAUACACGACAAUGGCUACAAUCCCAUUUUCAAUGACUGCUUUGAGUUGUCCUUGGAGACUAGACAUCCGGACCUUGUUUUCGUGCGAUGGAUCGUAUGGCAUUCACCUAGCGGCAAGACCACGGCCAGCAAUUGCAGACAGCUGGCAGUGUUCACUGCUAAGCUGAGCAGUCUGCAGCGGGGAUAUCGUCAUAUACCUCUCUAUAACGGCAAUGGUGAGGAGUUCAUCUUCUCCUCCCUGUUUUGCAGAAUCAAGAAAGAGAAGUCGGUCAUUUUACCAGCAGAAGUGAGCGAGAAUGGUCGGUCUGAAAGAGCUAGGAUUAUGAAGACGGUAACUGCACUACGACGAACCCUGUCCUCUGAUCGAGAGAAUCACAAGCGGAAAGAGGCUGAAGAGCAGAAGAGAAGAGUCAUGCAGGAAUUAGUGGAGAAGACAACACUUGCUUAG